CCACUAAGAGUCACAUCUCAAGAUGGCCCUGGUGUGGAGCAUUAUCCUACUCUGCUUAACAGUCUGUUCUUGCGAGCGUAUUGGAAACGUGUCACAGAAGUGUCUAGAUGACACUACAGUGUUUCUGACGGAACUAGAUGAAGCUGAGCCAAGCAAAUAUGCAGUACUAAUGUACGAUGCCUUUGGCAGAAUAGGCAGUGACAUUGAGAGUGGAAAUGUGAACAGACCAGGAUCACGUGAAGAAUGCCAGUUAGCCAGUGGACCUGGUUUCAGAGGGCAAUAUUGCCAGGUGUUUAUAAAACAGGCCCCAAUCCAGUACUUUGUUGGCAUCUGUGUCCCUGACUCAUGUGAGGAAACAGAAGUUCAGACAUUGGUUGUUUAUGAGACAUUCCAGCUAGCUAGCAAGUCUCUGAUCCCCCCUGUCCCGUCUGUGAUCCUACCCGAGUCCACACAGGGGAUCUACAUGACUCAGUGUUUCACUAGUACUCCACUGGACUUUGCUGUCAUUAUCAGCUUGUUUGUGUGUUCUUUGCUUAUCGCCAUUCCUCUUGCGGCGACCGUGUGCAUUGCCAUCGUCCGUUGGAAGCAGCAGAAAGAGAUAGGCCCGCAGACCGAUACAGCCCUGAACACACACUUCAACCACUACGGUACACUCAUGUCCAACGGCUCCACCCUGACCAACAACAACGGCUGCAUAUUUCCAGAGUCCACAGAGAGCUACAAAUCCAAGGAAGACAAAAAGAGAAAAAGUUGUCUGUACAGGACCAUGCAGACUGUCUGCCUGCAGAGCAAUGUCGCAGGCCUGCUGAGCAUGGUCAACGUGGGAGGGAACUACGCCUCUCUGAACGGCAUCCGCAUCCUGAGUCUGCUCUGGAUCAUCAGUGGUCACAAUAUCCAGUUCAGCGUCCGGAACAACAUAGAUAAUUAUAAAAGAUGGAGGGAGACAGUGUCUAACAACCCCCUGUAUGUAGUUGGCUACAGUGGGCCAGUCUAUCUCUCUGUUGACACCUUUCUCCUCCUGGGAGGACUUCUGAGUGCAAAGUCUUUCCUGGGCUUAGUACAGAGGGCAGACGAUACAAUAAGUCUAAGGCUUGUUGCCAGUUUCCUGUUCAAGAGGUUAAGAAGGGUCCAGCCCCUCCACAUCUUCAUUGUGUGUCUGACCAUCGGCCUCUACUCCAUCAUUACGAAAAACUCCUACUAUUUCGUUACAAAUGACCAGAUACAGCACUGCAGGAAGUACUGGUGGUCCAACAUUCUGCUUGUGAACAACCUGUUGCCUGUUUUUGACAUUUGUGUUCCCUGGUCAUGGUAUCUCUCCGUGGACAUCCAAUAUUACACCACGACUCCCCUUCUGAUUUACCUCUACAGACGAAAUAAAUACAUCAUGGCUGCUGUUGCAACUGUUCUCCUGAUGAUCUCCAUUCUAGCCAGUGCCUUUAUAACAGCCGGAGCGCAGCUCCCAGUCCACCAACCAACAACACUAGACUAUGCAUCCUUUUAUGAGUAUUAUUACAACAAACCUUGGACGCGGUAUGGUCCAUAUUUGAUUGGGGUUAUUCUUGGGAUAUUCCUGAAGACGAAGAGAUCUCACCUUUUAAAACAUAAGUGGCAGGCUGCACUGGGCUGGAUCGCCUCGAUGUUGGUAGUGGCACUGCUCAUAGCUCUCUCAUAUGUUCUACGGGACGUCCCAGACCGGCCCUCAGUGCCACAUGCUGCCUACCAGGGCCUCCACCGUACCCUGUGGGGUCUCUGUGUGGCCUGGGUCAUUCUGGCCUGUGAGGAGGGGUACGGAGGAUAUAUCAAUAAGAUUUUGUCACUGAAAUUGUGGGUUCCUCUGUCAAACAUCAGCUAUGCCUGUUAUAUGAUUCAUCCUCUUCUUAUAAUACUAUACAACGGAAAGCAAGAUACACCUAUACAUUACAAUGACAUCAACUUUUUCUACCUGUUCUUGGGCCACACGGUGCUGACAGUGGUUGUGGGAUAUGCGCUGACUGUACUAAUCGAAAAGCCAUACAUGUUCCUGAAAGGAUUACGAGGAUAAAUACGGAAUUAUCGGACACGGGCCUGCCCAGACAGAGAAAACUGUACUUUUUUCCUUCAUAGAUUUGCAUUGAUAUAUUGUGAUUUUCUUGUGAAUUUUUCGACAUUGUCAAUAUCACUUCCAAUUUUAAUUAAUUUGUGAUUUUAAAAGUGUAAAAUGUUGAUUGUGCCACCAGAUUGUAAAGAAUAGUUUUGUCAUUAGAUCUGCAUCAUUUGUAUAUGUGUGUUAGAUAGUGGAGCGAUGUUUUAUGGUGCAACAGUACAGUAUUUUGAAGGAUGAAUUUGAAAAAUAUGUGUUUGUGGGUGUUUAUUGCACUAAGGCCUUUUUGUAGCACCACACAAAGGUGUUUUGGCUAGCAUUAUUGUGUGUCAAAUUCUUAUGCCAGGGUAGUAUUGUAAUUCAGUAGGCUUAGUGUCCAGCUGGGCAUCAGUGUAAAACAUUUAAAUCCAAUGCCUUUGAAAUCAGAGCCCAUACUGGAAAUAAGCAAAAUUACAGGUAAUGUCAGCACCCAAUGAAAUUCUAACAGGACUCUCAUCUCUGAGUGCAGGAUGGAGUUGUGAAUGGCCGUGGGUAGACUAAAAUUGCUUGAGAGGAAGAGGUGGCAUUGUAAUUAAUGGUUUCGGAACUGGGCUUGUAACCAAAAGGUUGCAAGUUCGAUUCCCAGGCAAGACACCUGCUCUUCUCUUGAGCAAGGUACUUAACCUGAGUUGCUUCAGUAUAUGUAUAUAUAUAUAUAUAUAUAUAUAUAUAUAUAUAUAUAUCCAGCUGUAUAAAUCGAUACUAUGCAAAAGUGAAAAAGUCUUGUCUGUUUCUGGAUAUGAGUGUCUGCUGAAUACCUGAAAUGCAAUGACAAAUGGAAUGAAGAGGAAAAACGAUUCUAAACUAGUCUGUCAGAACACGGGUGAGGCCAGAACAGUCGCCUGGCAUCGAGGUUCUUCGAGGUUCACAUGUCCAUGUUCCAUUCCCGAACCCGCAAUACAAGGCUACUGUAAGUCCACACUUUGACAUCUUUCAGCAUGAAGCACUGGCUACUCUGAUUCAUCUCCCUCAACUGCCUAACAUUUCUACUUCUAAUAUAUUUUCUCGCUGAAGCCUGCUGAUUCUAAUGCAGUUAGAAAAGUACUUCCAGUAAUUACGAUACUCUUUUUCAGGGGACCUCCCGGCUGUGAUAGCUCUACAGUGGCUUGAAUAAUAGCGCUUUCUGAGUAGUGGCUUGUUGUGGCAAGUGUGGAAAGUAAACCUUAAUCAUCAGUUUUCCUGACUCUAGAAUCAGGCUUUGGUAGAAAUGGAAGAAAUGUUUUAAGUACAGCAAUUAUGUGUGGACCCAAUGCAGCGCGCUUAAGGUGUGCAAUUAUAAUUUAUUAUAAUUUCCCUGUGAUUUUAGUUCAGAAGUUUAGUUCAUCAAUUUUCAUCAACAAUUUUAACGAAUGAGAAAUUCCCAUUCAUGUGGCAUGGCCUUUGAUAAACAGUGACCUCUUGUGGGUUUUCUGAGAAAAAACGGCAGACUGAUGGUUACUUAAUACAUACAGUACAUAAUGUUUCUUCCUCUAUCCCACUGGCUAAACACUGAAGAUGUACAGCCAACCACGUCCAUUAUUUAUGUGAAAGAAAAGGCAAUAUCCAACAGUACAAAAAGCUGCACUGGACAGUAAAGCACCACCUCAAACAUUUCACAAGGAACAGAUCUGAGGUCAGAAGAUAUAUAUCACUCCCACCUAGAGGAUCAUUACUGUAUAAUUACAGUAUAUAGAGUUUCUUCCAAAAGUAUUUAUACUAUUGAAUAGUUUUCACAUUUUGUUGCCUCAGGGGCUUGAAAUCAUGAUGCUGUAAACAGGAAUUCAUAUUUAUAAUCUUCACAAGUUAGCAUACACUGCGAAAGCAUAUAUUGAUUAUAUAUGAGAAUAAUGUGGGGUGAAUUCCAUUUCAGUUCAGGAAAUUCAGGAACUAAAUUGUUAGUCAUUUCAUGAAGUAAAAAAAAUGAAUAAAAAUGCCCUAUUGA